AUGAAUAGUGAUAUGACAGAAAGACAUUCAUCAUCAGUUAGUCCAAAAGUUUCAUCAUCAAUGAUUAUCCCGAAACGUGAGCCAAUAGAAAAUGAUUUUAUUCAAAAUAAUAAACGUCGUUUUAUUGAACAUCAUUCUCAUGAUACAAAUACAAUUAUAUCAAAUAAACGACAAAUGGCAACAAAAAAGCAUCAACAGUUAGAUAAUAUACAAUCGAAAUUAAUUAAUGGUAAUAAUGAUGAACAACAUCAAAAACAAAAUGAAUCACAUUUAACAACAAAUAGUCCAAAAAUUACAAGUCCAAAAACACUUUCUAAUGGUGGAACUAAUGAUAUUCCAUCAAAUAUACAAACAAAACCAAGAUUUCUUGAUGGAAACUCCGAUAAUACACUUAUUCGGCCACAAGUCUCAUCAUCUCCAUUAGGCAUACCACGCCCAGCUAAUCCAUCUCGUUUUACGGCCCCUGUUCAUAUUGAUGUUGGUGGUACAAUAUUUACGUCAUCAUUAGAGACUUUAACACGUUAUCCUGAUAGUCGUUUAUCAAAAUUAUUUAAUGGUACAAUACCAAUUGUAUUAGACACUCUUAAACAACAUUAUUUUAUUGAUCGUGAUGGAAAACUUUUUCGUUAUAUAUUAAAUUAUAUGCGUUAUGGUAGUUUAACAUUACCAGAUCAUUUUCCUGAAUUAUCAGCUUUACUUGAAGAAGCUCGAUAUUUUGAAUUAACACCAUUAAUAAAUGCUAUUGAAGAACGCUUGAGUCAGAAUAAAUUAACAAAAAAUACUAAACAACAACAAUUAUCAUUAAAUACUCAUGAUGUUUUAUUAUUAAAUAUAAGUCAAGAUCGUGUAUUAAUAAGUGGUAAUAUAACACUCAUACAUGAUUUAUUUCCUGAAAUUCAAGAAGAACAACAACAACAGCAAGCAACACCAAUACAUGCACAUGUUGAAAGAAAUCAAUUUAUACGUUUUACUUUAAAUGCUUUUAUUAAUUUAACACAAUUAGAAAUUUUUCAACGAUUAUUUGAUUCACAAUUUAUUAUUGUUGCAUCAACUUGCGGAACAACUAUGGAUACAAUGACACAAUAUAGUGAAUAUGUUUUUUCACGAUCAAAAUCAAAUCAUUUAUCAUAA